AACCAUGCGUAAAGGCGCGUGGUUAAUCAGACCGGGAGGGUUGGGAAAAUCAAUGACAUGGGCCCUUAAACUUGAGGAUCGUAUCAUCUGGGCUCCUGUUCUUAUGGUACAAAAUACAAGUAGAUAUCUGGCAUAAAUCCUCAUCUAGUUGUCAAUGUCCGAGUGUGAUAUGCAUAAUCGCGCCUUAUAGAAACAAACUCUGCACUGCAGUUCUCAUCCUAUUCCUGUUUGUUUGUUUGGAUUUGUUCAUGGAACACUGAUCCACUAAUUAGUGCACUGGGCAUUCAUUAGAAUGUGGAAAAUUUCUUCAUGGAUUCCAAGAAGCUUACGAGUAAAGAGAAAAAGCUCAAAAGGAGAGAAGAGUUAGCAAAGAAGAAGGUUGUUGAUGAAGCCAUAAAAACGGCAUAUGUUAGACAGGAUCAUUUGUCUGACUUUCCUGCAUUUCAUAAGUAUGACCGGAAUGGUCUGUUGUUACGCUUGGAAUCUGGCACAGGGGCACAACUGACUUCUCUGCAUAAGAACUAUAUUCAAGAGCUAUUAAAGUUGAAUAUGGAGGGUCCAUAUGGGUCAGAAUGGGCAUCAGAACAGAAGACCAAGCGUAGAGAAAUGGUGGCAUUGGAAGCUUGCUAUAUUUUUGUGCGUAAAAUACUUGAUAAUAAUGGGGAUAAUCAUGAGGGUCUUUGGGCUGGAGAAGGGGAGCCCUUGGUUGCAUUUGUACAGUACCGAUUUAUUGUUGAGGAAGAAAUACCUGUACUCUAUGUGUACGAGCUACAGCUGGAGGAGUGUGUUCAAAGAAGAGGCCUUGGAAAAUUUUUGAUGCAGUUGAUUGAGCUUAUUGCCCGAAAGAACAACAUGAAGGCAGUAAUGUUGACCGUCCAAAAAAGAAAUACGUCAGCCAUAAGUUUUUACACCAACAAACUAAGAUAUGUGAUCUCAAGUAUUUCUCCAUCUCGAGUGGAUCCGCUGAUUGGUGCUGAGAAGAGCUAUGAGAUCCUGUGCAAAACUUUUGAUUCUGAAGCCAAAGUUAAAUUGGAGGAAUCCGUUUUGUUAGGCACAUAUUAAUUAUGCCAUGGUCCUCCAGAUUGGGAGAUGUCAAGUUCUUUUUGCCAUUGCUGGAGUUAAAGCUACAGAAGAAUGCAAAUUUUAUAAUGGGAAGAGCCGUUCAAGCCCUAGAGUGGUUGAUUUUUUUGGACAUUUUUAUUCAUUCGUUAUUCUUUAUUCAUUUUUGAAUGUAAAUCUGUAUAUGGGCAUGGUUGGCACAGCAGUUCUAUCUUUAAUCCAUCGAGUGCAUGUUUGGUAGCUGAAAUACAUAAUGCUAGUAUUUUGCAUUGACUAGUUCUUCCACUAAGAAUAGGGUAGCUUACCAAAUUGAAAGCUUUCCUGGUGUAAUUUUUAUAUGUAUUAUUGUUUUAAAAAAUGCUCUGUUAAAGCAAAAUAAAUUGUGAUUGACUUAUUAGAAGAAA